AAACUCCUCAGCGCAGGCAGCAGGGCUUCAGAGGCGCGCACUGCUGUAUUUCCAGCCGACCGCACACUUCACAGUAACUAACGCUGCGGCUCCAACUCGAGUUUCACAAACUUCAUUUGGUUUCGAUGCCAUGUUGGAUUAAGCUCAUUAACUUCUGUAAAUCGGCCAAAGAAGGUUUGUUUCACGGCAAGCGCAGGUACAAUGACCCCAUUCUGCUGCACAGCCACUGAUUAGAGGGGUAAGAUCAGGGGUUUUCUACAGGGCUGCAGUGUUUGCACUGUGACCUGUAGGUUUAGACGCAGAUAGCGAGGAGGACGCAGACACUUAAGGACAAUGGAUAAUGGAAAUGAUGUGGAUCUGUCCAAUAAAAACAUCACCCCAUUGUGGAAACGCCGCACAGACAAUUGUAUGAGACCCCAGGACUCAAGCAAACCCAAACCGCGACCCCUCAGUUACCACUUAAAUGGGGUCAUGACGACGGACUUCCCUGUGGAGGACAGAGGAAAGUCUUCGUUAACCUUAAGCCAACCUGCUGAGAAACUGGUCACGCCACCGCGUUGGAGCAAGAACACUGUGGUGUUAAAGCACGUUCUGCACAAACCCUCCAGGAAAUCCAGAGUUGUUCGAAGCAUCAGCAUCGGGCACCUCUCCAAUGGACUCUUCUCAUUGUCUAAAUUUAGGUCUGAGGAUAGCAGAUCCGCUUCACUGGACAAUAGAGUGUAUAAUGGAGACUGUGACAAGGGGAAAACCAGUAAUGGGACAGUAUGGCCUGAAAAGCGUCUCCAGGACCCCCAGAAACGUGUGUCCAGUCAGUUCGGUCUGAGCUCACAGAAAGACCAGAUAGCAUUUGGGACGAGUUCGCCAUCGCAUGAACCAGUUCCUCUUAACCUCUCUUCUCCUGUCCCGUCUCCAUGCAGUCCUAACAACAACAACAACAGCAACUACAACCACCAUGAACUGUGCUCCCUUUCAUCGGCAUCCAGCCCCUCUCCUCCAGCGAGGCGUACCCCCACCCCAUCCCACAGCUCCACCUCCAGCAUCCCCUCCCUCUCUUCCCUCACCUCCUCAGACCCCCCGACCCCACGCUCCCCGUCGCCAGCUGAUGGAGGACAGGCGCUCCACAGACAGUCCUCGUCCUUGCUUGCCUCCUCACAGGACACCAGGCAUGCCUCUUCCUCUUCUUCUCUCUCCUCCACCUCACCCUCUCCUUCGCUUUCCCCAUCUAUCUCUCCCCCUCCCAACGUUGUUCUCAGCACCCACAGCCCUGCUGCCCUAAAGAUGGGCACCCAGCAGCUCAUUCCCAAGGGUUUAGCAUCCGAUAUUCGGCAGAACAAGGCACCCCCCCCUGGGCAGCAAGGCCAAGGCUUGGCAGGGCUGCUGGGGUUGGAUCAUUCCAAGAGAGCAUUAAAAACCCUCAGCAUGGUGGAAACAGGACCCUAUUUUUCUACAGGAGGAGGCCACGGUGAGGGGGCAGAGGGGGAAAGUGAGAGUCCAGGGACACUAAGAAGAGGCCUGAGGAGUACGUCUUACAGGAGGGCCGUUGUGAGUGGAGUAGACUUAGAAGUUCCCUCGGUAGAUCCAAAGGCCCAUCGAUUGUCCCAGCCUGUCAUCAGAGGACUAGAUGGGGAUAAUUCAGCUUCACCUGUCAGCCCAGUAAGUCCUGGCCUCACUAGCCCUGGAACAGCCAAGCCUGCCAGCCCUGGGAUCCCCAAACUUGCCAGCCCUGGAACACCAAAACUUGCCAGCCCUGGGACACCCAAAUCUGCCAUUUCAAAGCCUACUAGCCCUGGGAAAGAUAAGCCUACGAGCUUGGGAAAAAACAAGAGUCCAGAUAAGAAGAAAGUUUUGACCAUUCAGCGGACGUUUGACAGUGAGGAGGAGGAGCUGUACCAGAACUACCAGGAGAAGGCCUUGCAUAACGACUCAGAUGAGGAUGCCGAUUCCAGAGAACCCAAACCCGAUAGCGGCAUCGUGCUCCAGUACAGACCUAUACGCACCUCCUGGAGUCAGCUCAGUGUGGUAAAGAAAAGGGGUCUCUCUGACCGGAUGAGUCAGGAGGAACGCAAAAGACAAGAGUCCAUUUUUGAGGUGAUCUCGUCGGAGCACUCUUACCUGCACAGUCUGGAGAUCCUGAUCCGCAUGUUCAAGAACUCCGCAGAGCUCAGCGAGGCCAUGACGAAGACUGAACACCACCACCUCUUCUCCAACAUCACCGACGUCUGUGAGGCUAGCAAAAAGUUUUUUAAGGAAUUGGAGGAAAGACACCAGCAGAACAUAGUGAUCGACGACAUCAGCGACAUCGUUUGCAAGCACUCCCUGUCCAACUUUGAUCCCUACGUCACAUAUUGCUCCAAUGAGGUCUACCAGCAGAGAACCCUGCAGAGGCUGGUGUCCAAGAAUCCAGUUUUCAAGGAGGUGCUGACCAGGAUAGAGGGCCACCCAGACUGCAGGAACCUCCCCAUGAUCUCCUUCCUCAUCCUGCCCAUGCAGAGGAUCACUCGCCUGCCCCUGCUCAUGGAUACAAUUUGUCAGAAGACACCUAAAGACUCGGCACAAUAUGAAGACUGUAAGAAGGCUUUACAAGGAGUCAGCAAGGUGGUAAGGAAGUGUAAUGAAGGAGCUCGCACAAUGGAGAGAACAGAGAUGAUGUAUACUAUCAACUCUCAGUUGGAGUUCAAGAUCAAGCCUUUCCCGCUGGUCUCAUCCUCCAGGUGGAUGGUAAAGAGAGGAGAGCUGACUGCGUUUGUGGAAGACAACGGCAUCUUCCUCAAGCGGACGUCGCGGCAACAGGUGUAUUUCUUCCUCUUCAAUGACGUCCUCAUCGUCACCAGGAAGAAGAGCGAGGAGAGUUACGCGGUGAUAGACUACGCUCUCAGGGACCAGAUCUGGGUGGGCUCCUGCCAGCCCGAGGAUCUCAACCUGUCACCCGUCAGAAGCACUGCCAGCAUGCUGAGCUCACGGCAAGCCGGCGCCAACCAUCUUUUCCGUCUGCGUUUUCGUAGCAACCACUCCGGUGAAAAGGUGCCCAUGAUCCUGGGGACGGAGUUACUGAAUGAGCGUGCUCGAUGGAUCAGCGCUCUGGGCCGGAGCGUCAACAACAAUAAGUGUCAGGACCGAACCAGCUUCAUGCAGGUGGAGGUGAUCAGAACUUACACAGCCAAGCAGCCGGAUGAAUUGUCCCUGCAGGUGGCUGAUGUGGUGCUGGUCUCGCAGACUGUAGAAGACGGCUGGCAUGAAGGUGAGCGACUGCGCGACGGAGAGAGGGGGUGGUUCCAAGCCGAGUGCGCCCAACAAAUCACGUGCCAGGCCACCAUUGAGCGCAACAUGCAGAGGAUGGACCGACUGCAGGGGUUGGAGACUAAUGUGUAAACCAGAGGGCUCUUCUCAUCUGUUAAGUGACCCGUCGACACGCCAGUGACCUGUCUUUUUAAGCACUGAACCCAGAGAAAUGAGUUCAGUAACAGCAUCAGUGACCUGCCUUCAGGGACCAGUUAUGGGAGCUGUGUGGCUGCUGGAGUCCGUACAGUGUGAUAAAUAUUCAGACUUCUGCUCGGCGUCCGCUAAAUAUCAGGCAUGCUGUCUGAAUUUCAAGCAAAGACAGAACAAACACAGUGGAAGAACAGAGAUUUCCUUAAUUACUGAUCGGUCCCUGUGUGGGUGGGAUGGCUUGACAGUGGGAUCUGUCACAUUCAUUAAUUCUCCGGCUGGCUAGAAAACUUCACACCCAGAGUCACUGCUUUCGACACCCUGCUACAUAACAACUGUUGGUGUGAAAUUUGUAAAUUCUUGUUACUUUUUCAAACAUAUUUUUUGAGUGUAAGUGAUGUGCAAUGUAAUAAUUGAGACUACAGUGCCGCUAUAGGAGGUAAAGUAGAAAGAAUGUUGAGAAAAUUAACACAGCCUGAUGUGCGCUCUGUUAAUGAGGCUCAGGCAACAUGAUCAGGAGCUUUUGCCAGCAACAGUGCAACUAUGAAGAUGCUGAUUGUGAAAGUGAUAAUAAGGCAAGAGGGUGGGAUUGGCAGCUUCUUUACAGUGUGUGGGUUAGUAUAGAAACUUGUUUGAGUAGAAUCCGAUGGCAAGUCUAACUAUUACAAUGAUAUUUACAAGAAAAUACAAUCGGGCUGAGCUGCCAAAGAAAAUUGUCUGAAACCUGUGGCACUUUGUGUAAAUAGAAUAAGUCAUAAUUAAUUGGAAAAUAUAAAGAAUUAGUCAUCUGGGAGGUAUAAUCUCAUAUGUCAUCCAUGGGCUAAGCAGAAGGGCCAAGUGUCUCUUCUCUACCUUGCCGUUUGUCACUGGUUAAUGUCAACACCAUGAAUCAGAGUCUAUAUUUGUGUCCCAAAUGCCAUUUUUCUCUCUAUCUACUCAAUGAUUUGGACAGCCUGAAAUAUCACAGGCACUUGAUGCCGCCAGAGGUGUGUGUAUACAUAUAAAUAUCCCCCUCAGGAUUUAUAUCUGUGAUGUUACAGAGGCGAGCCAAAAUUAAUUUGUGUGCGCUGCUGAUGGUCAGACCGGAAGGGAGGAGCAGCCCCUGCUUUUAAUGUGAUUGUCCAGUUUGAGUCAUCUUUUUAGUGUUGCCAUGCCCAGCCAAAGGCAAUAAAUGGCUUGGUCAGAGAGUGGUGAUAACCCCAUCUAUCAAGCCCACUGCUCUGGCCCCAGACCAAAUGAUGACCACAAUUGUUGAGUUACACAAAGUGAGGUAUGACUGUAGCGGGCAGAGCACCCAGCAGGAAGGACAUGAGUAUCCAGACAAAGCUUUGCAUUUGCACUCAGGGAAAAAUUAGUUCUGUGGUAGCACACAUUUUAAGCAUGAACUGACGUUUAUUUCAAUCACUUUCUGUACCUGUAACUAUUGUAAAUCUUCUGUGUACAUGUAAAUAUGUAAAACAGCCUGAAUUGUAACAUGUAUGUUUUCCAAAAUACAGAUUUAUAUUACAGAAAGUCAACCUUUUUAUGUAGUUUAAUCAGCCACUUUGAAUAAAAGCUUAAUUGCUUGGGGACUGUCAUGUA